CUGGAUCAGACCGCUAGUCCAGCAUCUCUAAUCAUCAGACAAACUGAGUGCAGAUAAACAUGUUAUGUCUUUUACUCCUCUGCUGUUUUUCAUUGCUACUGGCUGAUGUUCUUGGUGCUAAUGAUGUUACAGUGUCAAUGAUGAUGGGAGAUGAUAUCACUCUGCCUAGUCAAUAUGUAAUUAAUAAUGAUAAUGAUCAAAUGUGGUGGUUUGAAGGCAAAAUUAUAGCAGGAUCUAGCCACUCAAAACACACCGAUGAAAGAUUCAAUGGCAGACUGGAGUUGAACCGUCAGACUGGAUCUCUCACCAUCAGAAACAUCAGCAUUAAAGACACUGGAGUUUAUACAUGGCAUUUUAUGGGCAGCAGAGAGGAAAAGAAGAACUUCAAUGUUACUGUCAAUGAUCAAGUGUACAAAGUGUCUGUGAUGAAGGGAGGAGAUUCUUUUUCUCUACCCACUGAUGUUCAAAUACAGCCAGAUGAUGUGAAAGUGUGGACGUUUAAUGGCACAGACUUAACUAAAGGGAUAUUCUCAAACAUGAAUGUGAAUCCUGAGACCGGAGCGCUAAACAUCACAAACAUCAGAGCUGAUCAGUCUGGAGAAUAUGAAGUUAAAAUCGAUGGCAGAGGUUUGAUUUUACACAGGACAUUCAAUGUUUACAUCAACGAUAAAGUGAUGUCAAAAUCAGGGAUGGAGGAAAAAUCCAUCACUCUGAACAUUGAUAAUGAAACACAGGCAGAUGAUGUAAUCGAGUGGAAGUUUAAAAACACUCUCAUAGCUAAAGUGUACAGAAGAAUCAGUCCCCUCUCAUUACACAAGCCUGAUGAGAGAUUCAGUGACAGAGUCAAUGUUGAUUUAUUUGGCUCUCUCAUUAUCAAUGACCUCAAAAUUGAAGACACUGGACUCUAUGAUGUAAACAUCAGCAACAGCAAUCGCUUCAUUCACAAGAGAUUCAGUCUUACUGUCACUGAUGAACAGAAUCACUGGAAGACGGCUGGUAUAAUAUUAAUAGUAGUAGGAGUGAUUGAGCUGGGCAUAAUCGUGAUAAACAGAAAACAAAUCUGCAAGUGCUAAACGGCAGGGAAG